AUGGGCGCAUCUCGCCAGUGCACCCGGCUUCUACGGCCAAGCCAAACCCUCCCCCGCCACCCCCGAACCGCGACAUCGUUCGUCCAGACCCAACACCGAACCCUGUCAAAUACCCCCUCAAAGCCCGCCCCAGAAUCCAUCUUCAACAACCUCCGAGCGAGUGGCCCCUACAGCGAUGGUCCCACCAGCUAUUUCUCCACCCGAAAGACCCUGCCCGCAAACACUGUCGUGCGAUUCGUACCUCAACAGACAGCAUGGAUCGUCGAGCGCAUGGGUAAAUUUGACCGCAUCCUGGAACCCGGUUUAGCUAUCCUUGUGCCUUUCUUGGACCGGAUCGCAUACGUGAAGAGCUUGAAGGAGGCUGCGAUUGAGAUCCCCAGUCAGAAUGCCAUCACGGCUGACAACGUCACUCUGGAGCUGGACGGUGUGCUAUACACGCGGGUGUUCGACGCAUACAAGGCAAGCUAUGGAGUUGAAGACGCAGAAUACGCUAUUUCGCAGCUUGCGCAAACGACGAUGCGGUCAGAGAUCGGUCAGCUCACUCUUGAUCACGUUUUGAAGGAACGUGCCAACCUCAACACAAACAUUACCAAGGCCAUCAACGAGGCUGCCCAGGAAUGGGGCGUUGUCUGCCUUCGCUACGAGAUUAGGGAUAUCCAUGCGCCGGAGAAGGUCGUCGCGGCUAUGCACCGCCAGGUCACCGCUGAGCGCUCCAAGCGCGCUGAGAUUCUCGAGUCAGAGGGUCAGCGCCAGAGUGCGAUUAACAUCGCCGAGGGUCGCAAGCAGUCUGUCAUUCUGGCGUCUGAGGCUCUGCGUGCUGAGCAGGUCAACCGCGCCUCCGGUGAAGCUGAAGCUAUCAAACUCAAGGCCGAGGCUACUGCCCGUGGUAUUGAUGCUGUUGCUCAAUCUAUUGAAGAAGGUGGCGAGAACGCCCACAACGCUGUUAGCCUCAGCGUUGCGGAGAAGUAUGUCGCGGCCUGGUCGAACUUGGCUCGUGAGGGUACCGCCGUUGUUGUCCCCGGAAAUGUGGGUGACAUGGGCGGUAUGAUUGCCAAUGCGAUGGCUGUCUACGGCAAGGUCAGCGAGACACAGGCUCGGGGUUUGGCGAAGAAGACUCUUAGUGUCGAGGAUUCUCAGUCGCCCAAGACCUCUACUUCUGAGCAAGUGGAAACACCCGAUGUGGUCUCGCAAACUGUGACUGAGGGAUUUGACGCGGUCCGCCCUCUGAAAGAAUAA